GGCACAGACAACCGUCACCGCACUGAAGAGAGCUGGGAAAGCGGCUGUUUGGUGGUGGAGGGGGGGGGGCCAUCGCGCCCUGGAUUUAAUGACAGGAUCACCCCGGCGGCGGUGGCGGCGGUGCUGCUGCUGCUGCUGCUGCAUCUGAUCGCAGAGUGAAGUAUGUCUGAACUUGCAGCACAAGUCACCAGUGGUCUACUACAGUUUCCAGAAGUGACCAUAGAAGCUCUUGCUGAUGACGAGUCAACACAAGAUGAAGGUCUAUAUGGGAAAAUUGCCGCAGGUAGAAACGGAUUGUCCUGGCUAGCUUGCGGUGCUCAUUUAGAGCUGCUUAACUCGAUCACAGGUGAACGACUGUCAGCCUAUCGGUUCCGUGGAAUUGGAGAACAGGCCCCAACUAUUCUGGCUGUAAAAGAAUUCUGCUGGCUGAAAAGAACUGGAUUAUUGAUAGGAUUAAAAGAAUCUGAAGGUAGCAUCCUCUGCCUUUAUGACCUCGCAGUAUCCAGAGUGGUUAAAGCAGUGUUUCUCCCUGGAAAGGUGACUGCCAUCGAACCAAUAGUAAACCAUGGCGGUGCCACUGCCAGCACACAGCGAUUAAAUCAGAGUCUACGCUGGUUUUUUGGCAUAGUCGCUGUUGUAACUGAUACCGGACAUGUUCUGCUCAUCGACCUGUGCUUGGAUGACUUCUCGUGCAAUCAAAGUGAACAGGAGCCAGCAGAUCUUGAAGUGGUCAAUAGAUCCCCUGCAGAAAUUCCUCGAAUGAGGGAAACUGUGAUAAGGGAAGGACGACACCUCUGCUUCCAGCUGCAGAGUCCAUCAGCGGUAGCAGCCACUGCAAUGAGCUAUGUGCCCAGAACAAACCAGUUGGUAGUUGGCUUUGCUAAUGGUUAUGUUCAACUCUGGAACUUGAAAACUUUGAAAAAAGAAUACUACUCGCAGUUGGAAGGAGGGAAGGUGCCUGUGUAUGCAUUCACCUUUCAGGAGCCUGAGAAUGACCCUCGGAACUGCUGUUAUCUUUGGGCUGUACAGUCUGCUCAGGAUGGUGAAGGGGACGUGGUAAGCCUGCACUUACUCCAAUUGGCAUUUGGUGAUCGGAAGUGUUUAACUUCAGGACAAAUCCUCUAUGAGGGCUUGGAAUAUUGUGAAGAGCGUUAUACUCAAGAUCUUACCUAUGAAGUAUUUUCUUCAAGGACUAGGAAUACCAAUGCUCGGCUGCUGGGCUGCCAGACUAUAGAGAAAUUUCGCAAUCAUGGUGAUAGAGAAGAAAGUGUGACUGAGGCCAGCUCGCCAGACACCAGUGUGUCUAUUUUCAGUUGGCAGGUGAAUACAUAUGGGCAACGCAAACCAUCUACUUACCUGGGUAUUUUUGAUAUUAAUCGUUGGUAUCACGCGCAGAUGCCUGAUUCACUAAGGGCAGGAGAGCAACUUCAUAACUGCCCCUACUUUGCUUUAUGGUCCCUUGAUGCUGUUGUGUGUAUGACCUUUCCAUAUUACCUGCUGGAUGUCUUGGUACACGAAAGAAGCCUUAGCCGUGGCGUUCCCCCUUCUUAUCCCCCACCAGAGCAGUUCUUUAAUCCUAGUACCUACAAUUUCGAUGCAACUUGUUUGAUAAAUUCAGGACUUGUGCAUAUAACGUGCUUUGGGUUUCAAAAAGAGACAUUGCAUUAUUUGAAGAAAACUGGUCCUUUUCUCAGUGAAGCUAUACCUGAUGGUUAUAGUCGUUGUCUGAUGGCUGGCCUUCUGUCUCCAAGGCUAGCAGAUGUACAGCCUUCUUGCCUCACACAAGAAGAGAAACUUGAAGCAAUCUUGUCAGCAGCUGUGGAAUCUAGUUCCUUGGGGUUAAUAACUGGGUGCAUCAAACAAUGGACAGCAGAAGAACAACCUAGAUCAGCUGCCAGCCUGCGCUUUGUGCUUGAGUGGACCUGGAAAAAAAUAACUCGUACCAAAGAGGAACUCGACAACAUCUGUAUUCCACUUUUUGAUGGAUCCUGUCACUUCAUUGACUCGCACACACUCCAGUCUCUGCAGCACUGCCAGAUGUUACUUAGCAACCUCACCACCAUUGUUAGCUGUUUCCUUACUGAGGCCCAGGAGCUGACUGAGCGAGGAUUGAUUGACUUAAUGAACAAGCGCCUUGUAGGCACUCUACUUUCCCAGUACACACAGGUUAUGUUGUGGUUCUGUCGUGCUGGCCUACUCCCAGAGGGUUCAGAUGAUGUCGAUGUGCUACAGUUAUCCAGGCCCAUCUACAACUACCCCAUUAUACAAAAUUAUUAUACCAACAGACGGCACAAGUUGGAGCGUCUAUCCAAAGGCAAAUGGUGUUCAGACUGCCUGUUGAUUGAUGGAAUGGUAUCAGAAAUAGGGGACCACAUAGAGCAGCUGUGGAAGAGGGAUGAAGGGGGAACAGGAAAAUAUCCACCCUCAAGCCUUCACGCUCUCCUUGAUGUGUAUUUACUGGAGAAUGUAGAUGAGACAACAAAGCAUGCCAUUGCUAUUUACCUGCUGUUGGAUGUUCUUUCUUCUGCUCCUAACAAGAAUGAGUCUUCAAUUGAAUCCUUUCCACCUGCUUUUGCUGUGCCUGUGGGUCUUGUGAACCUUAUCCAGGGUUUUUGGCUUUUGGAUCACAGUGACCAUGAGAAUGCUUUGGAUCGUAUUUUGCAUCCUGCCACCAGCAGGUCAUUGUCCUCAUGGCAGCAUGUCCGGAUCAUACAAGCCUUGAUGUGCCAAGGAGAGCAUAGAAAGGCCCUUCGAUACAUGCAGGCAAUGAAACCUUCGAUGGCUAGUAGCAGUGAAGUUAAACUGCACCUUACUGUGCUGCUGUUUAACAGGUGCAUGGUGGAGGCUUGGCAUUUACUUCGACUAAAUGCAAGUAGAAUAAAUGUAGAGGACCUGCUAAAGCACAUGUAUGAACUAUGUCAGGAGAAUGGGCUGAUGGAAGAACUGCUUAAACUCCCUUUCACUGCUACUGAACAGGAAUGUUUAGAGAAGUUUUUGAACAAGAGUGGCAGUCUUCAAAACCAAGAAUAUCUUUUAGUUCAUCAUCUUCAGCGUGCCAACUAUGUCCCAGCCUUGCAGCUUAAUCAAUCACUGAAAAUGAGUUUGAAUGACCGUGAUCCACAAAUUCGAGAAAGAACAGCUGCUAGGAAUUCCAUUCUGGAGCAGUAUGGAAAAGUUCUUCCAAGGGUUCAGAGAAGGCUAGCAACUGACCGUGCAAAACCUUACCAUCAUUUAGCAAUUUUGCGUGAAGUUACGCGACCCAAACCAUUAUCUACUGUGGCAAGGCGGACAACUUCGGGAAGUGUGGUUACUCGUGCAACAUUCAUCAACUCAGUACUUUCAAAGGUUAACGAAGUCUGGCUAAAAAAUGAGCAAGAAGCGGCUCUAUCUCCUCACAAUAGAAAAAACUUCAGCCCUGGGAAUAGUGAGCCAGCUGUCAAAUCUACUGAAGUGUCGAAUGCUUUUGUUGGGACACCAAUCAACAGACAAUCUAGAAGACUUUCCAGGAUAUUGGAUUCUGUACGGCAGCUGGAGACCCACUCGCCCUUGAAAGCAGAGACUACUCCGUGUACACAAAGUAAGGCUAGUCCCUCUUGGAUGACAACCAAUCCGUUGCAACCAUACACCAUCAGUACUAGCUAUCUUGGAGGCAUUUCUAAGGCAUCGGAGCUAAAACUUUUGCAAACACCUCCUGUGAUGAAGAGGGCAAGAGCAUUUACAUCUUCGGAGACCACCUUUGCUAAUUUUACUCCUCAGUCUAUCUUGAGAUCCAACCUUCGUCCCACGCCCUUGACAUCACCAUGUGCUUCACCGAGUAGGUCUUCAACUCCUCCACUUCGUACUAAAGAGACCAAAAUCUCUUUUAUGAAGGAGAAACCAACUAUUCGUUGGACUAAUGGGGUUUCAGCUGCUGAUGAAUUACAACUACUGCCUUCAUCAUCCGAACAGAUUCCACGAACACCAUCUAUUGAAUCAUGGCCUUCAACUACAGAGAACCAAGCUGCAGGCGAGCUAACCCCAGACAAUGAAGUCCUGUCUGAGCAAGUGGAGAUGGUUGAUCUUUCUGGUACUGACAUGGAUGAUGACCAAAUUCAAGUCCCAAAAGACGACAUUGAUAGUUCAGGAAGAACAGAAGAGUGGUCCAUGGAAGAAUAUGUGGAUGCUGCUGAAUCUCUGGAUAGAGGGGACACUUCCAAAGAAAUGGGCAAAGCAGUUUCUGUAGAUGCAUUCCUAAGUAAUGGAGAGAAAAUCUUAACUGGGGGUCCUCCUUGUGUGGAGAAACAUAUUGUGGAGGAGGAUGCUACAAGUGACCAAGAAGUGGAAGUGCCACAAACAGAAAAUGAGGAUGUGCCUGCAAAUGAAACUCUGUUUGUUGAGUCAGAUAUUGAGCAAACUUCUGAGUGUGAAGAAGGUUUGGACAUUGGUGCCAAGAAAGGAAGUAUGUCACCAUCAGAAAAUAUUACAACAGCAUUCACCACCUCAAAUAAUGAAGAAACAACUCUGUCGAAAUAUAACCUCAAACCUGCUAAUGAGGGAGAAGAUUUGCAUCCAGAAAUGCCUGAGGAACAACAGUUGCCACAUGUAUCACAGGAAAAGGAUGGAUUGUUCCAGAGUGAGAGGCAUCCAGUCACUGCAGAGGCUGAAUCAUCUACAGUCAACAGGUUUGUUUGCCAAGGAACAUUUGAAAACAACUGGAGGGACUUUUGCUCUGAAAUCCAAGUCAGCAAGAAACCUUCUGAACAAAAAUCUGUGAUAAUUGUAGUUGAUGAUGAGGGCAUUCCUGAUACACAGUCAAGAAGUGAAGAAAAUGAGCCUGUGUUAUUAAGAAAUGAGGAAAAUGAUGUUGAAGUAGUGGAUGAUGAUGCUGUGUGUACACCGGAUGAACCACUUACAAUUUUGCUUCCUGUAAGCGCUCAGCUUAGCACUCAGGAUGGUGAUGAUGGAUUUGAAGUGCAGCCCCCAAAAGAAGAGCCUAGGCCCGUAACUUCCACAGAGCCGAAGCAGCAUGAACCAGUUGUAUUUGUUGGAGAAAAUGACUCUGAACUUGCAGAGCAGUCCUAUAAUACAGUAAAAGCUGAGAGUGAAGCUGGAGGAGAAGUUGAUGAGGUUGCAGAGCAACAUAAUAUUCAAGAAAACUUUAAUUUAAUGUUAGAAGAAGACGAUGGGGAUGAGACUAUUGAACUGAUAACAUCUUCAGAGACAAGUCAGCAACAACCUUCAGUUGAGAAUGUAAAGACAAUUCCAUUUGAUUCAAUGGAAACUAAAAUUAAUGAACCAAAUAAAGACACUCCGGAGGUUAAUGUGUUUGAAAGUGAGGAGCAGACGUACAUAAAAAACAAUUCUUUGGUUCUUCGAGAACCUUUAGAAGAUCAACACAACCUGUCUGAAGCAUUGCCUUAUGUGACUGAACCAAUUAAAGUGGCCAAAACAGAUAACACAAUAGAAGUUCUUAAGGUAGAUCAGUCAAAUGUAGAAUUAUCUGAAGUGAUCUCCCUACCUGCUCAUGUAGAUACCCCAGUAGUAAAUCAGAAGGGUAGCUGGUUUAAGAGCAAGGCAGUGAAGAAAGCACAAACAGAUGAGUCUGAGGAGAUUGUUGGCAAGGUUGUACAAACUAAGCAAGUGACAACACCCACAAGGUCCUCAAGAAGAAAAGGUAAUAAAGUGACUGAAGGCAAUGCUCUGGAUAAUGAGGAACUGGUAUUGGUGGAAAUACAGGAAGUUAAACCUAAAAUUGAAAUAACUGCAACACCAAGGAGGAGUACAAGGAGAACUGUUACAGGUGUGGUUGAGAUCCUGAAAAAUAGCUUUGCUGACCCGAAGAAUGUACCACUUGAUCAAAAAUCUGACUCAGUCCAUCCUACUUCAAGGUCCUCCAAAAAAGUUAACACUCGUAGAACGAAUGUCAAGGAAAGUACUCUGCUUGUUGCCAAAAUGCCACUCACUCAGCACACUGAAACUGUUCCUGUUUUGAGAUCCACAAGGAGUAGUGUUGCUAUUAAAGCAGAUACAGAACACACCUUGCACGAUCCUUUAAAAACACCACUAAGUCAGCAAGCUGACAUCGUUCCUAUUUCUCAUCAUUCUACGAGAAAGAAAAGUAGAAAACUUUCUGAAGUCCAUGCCCUGCUAACUGACCCACUUUCAACAUUGCAGAUUAAUGAACAAAUGCCUGUGCCACCCACACCCAGCAGACUUACAAGAAGUAGGGCCAAAGAUGCCCAUCUUGUGGCAUUAGAAAAUAUUGCUGAACUGAAUUCAAAUGUUGAGGUAACCUUGCCUGCUAACUCUCAGACAACAAGGAGGAAACAGUCUAUUCCAAACAAAGAAACACCAAAGCCUGUUGUUAAAGAUGAUAUUGAGGAUGACAGGCAAGAGGAACAGCUUACAGUUACUUUUACCCAUAAACCAACUAGAAGAACUGGUAAAGGCUCUGAAUCGCAGGCAAUAAUUUUAGCGGAAGAGGAUUCUUACACUUUCUCACCACCUCUUACAAGAUCGUCAAAGAAAUCAAAAGUUCAGAAAACAAUGUUGCAGGAACCUUCUGUGAAAGAGCCACCAGAGUUCACUUUUUCUACUCCUCUAACAAGGUCCAGGAGAAGAACUGGCAAAGCAGCUUUGCAGAUAGUGAAAGAACAGGACUUGCAUGCUUUGGAGGAUGAUGUCCCCAAAAUAAGGGAGGCUAAAAAACAGGAAGAGGAGACAAGUAAAAAACAUGAGGAGCAAAUAAAUACCAGAAGCAGAACUACAAGACUCCGAGUGAAAAAGAGCCCCAGAAUAACCAAGAAGGCUUCGUGGUCAGCUCCGCCAGUAGAAAUUGAAUUUCUUUCUCCUUUGGCAAGCCCUUUGGAUACACGUUCCAGUAAAAGAGGAGGGGGAGAGGAUGAUGUUGGAUCCGUAGAACACAAGAUGACACUUCGUUAUAAGAGGAAAAAACUGAUCCCAGUGUUCCGAAAGCCAGUCACACGCAGAAAAGUAAACCGACACAAAUAGUGCAAAGUUUUACUGUUUUAUCAAUUUAAUACUUGGAUGCAGUUUAUAUAUAAGAGUUAUACAGUAUACAGAACUGAGUGAAUUUCUGAAGUUCAUCUAAUUUUCGGAAAAUAAUUUAUAUAAAUUAUUUUAACAUUUCAUGAACAAAUGGUCUGUAAGGGGAACUGUAGCUCCAUAUGGAGUAUUGUAACUGCUAUUUUUGUUUUUAGGCAAAUGUUUCUCAUUUUAAUUUUGUAAUGAAUCUUACAUUUUAUUAACGUAUAUAAAAUGAUUAAAUGUAAAUAUUUUUGACAUUUUAGGGAAGUUAUAAAUAAAAUGUAUACUUGGCAGUUUGAUAUGUUUUUUGCAUUUUUGUGAUGGAACAUUUUGCCAAUGGGGUAAAUGGUACAGUAUAUGCAGUUGUACAUCUCUAAAGUUUGUUUUUAUGAUCAUUUUAGAGACAUGAUAAGAUUGUCAGUAAUCUGAGGCAUAGGUCAAAGUGGUGUUUGGCUAUCUUAAGCUAUCAUACCUCAUUCAGCUUUCAUUAAAGGAGAAUAGGUUAUAAUUUGUGUAUUCCAUAACUCUACUAAAUGCAUGAAGGCAGUGCCUCCUCUUUGUCAGGAAAUGCCUCUGGCUCCGUAAGCUAUUUUUUCAUUCCAUGGAUACUUGUCAUUUCAAGUCUCUGCUCACACCCAAUGCAGAUAUAAUGGUUUCCAAUAUUUUUCAAUUGGAAACUACACAUUUCAAUUCGAAUCUGAAGAGAAAGAUCACCGUGGGAGAAGAAGCAGGAGAUUCCACCUUCAAUUGUUUUUAAAAUGAAGGGUGGGAAAUAUUUUAUACGGAGGAUAUCUUCUCCCUCCCACAACCCAAUCGUUUUUUUUUUGCUCCUUUAAGAUAGCCAAGCACCAAUUUUGAAAUCUAGCCCAGGUAUCUCACUGAACCUUGUAACAUACUAAUUUUAUGUCACGUGAUGCUGCAUCACGUUAUUUACUUUUGUCACAAUGCUUGUAUCAUGUUUUUGGUUUUCAUCAAGAUAUGCUUGGCGUGCUGCUAUAAAUCACACAACAAACUGAGAUAGCUCAGUAAAUACAGGUAAGUCAGGCAGAUUUUAAAAAAAAUUAAAAAGAUUGCUGAAAUUUCUCUA